CAAAAACCUCGUCCUGUCAAGUAUGUAAUGAGUUGUGUACGUAAAACACCUACACUCAUUCUCACGGGCAAUUUACACUAAAAUUCGUCAGUAUCACUGCUGGCGACAUUAUUCCGACAUUUUUCAGUCUUGAUACAACGACUCGUCCGUAGGUCGUACUACGCGAAGACUCAAUGUAUUUAAGCUGUGGUCGUCGUGCUGUGCAGGUCGAAUUCGAAGAUGCACGACAAUCCGAAUUAUGACGCACUACAGUCCAAAUUUUCGCACGCGGCCCGAACCAUUGAAUUAGGCGGGUCCAUGCAGCUUCAACGUGCCCAGGCUUCUUCUGCUCCGCGACAGCCAUGGCAAAAUGGAGCGACGACCAGUGGGGCGCUCAGGGAGGCUACCAAACGGUCGCGGGUCCGAGUCCCGGUUAUUCACAACCUUACGCGCAAACCGUCAAUCCCCCGACGCCAUAUCCAGACCAAGCGUACGAUGGUGGCGACACCAAAUCACCCUACGAUGGUGGUCGCUUUCAGCCAAAGAAAAGGGUGAACGAUCCCAUCUUUUUGAUCUUGUUCAUCCUCCAGCUACUCGGUUUUGCUGCACUAUCGGGCAUCGCCAUCAAUGGUUGGAUCAAAGUAGGCGGCCUAGGAGGUGGUAUCGGAGGCGACGGCGAAACCGGCAGUUCGGUCACGCUCAACUGGCACACUGUUUAUCUGCUAUUGCUUGUGACCGCCGCCGGCCUCCUGCUAUCCACAGCCUAUCUUAUGUUGGUCCGCGCCUUCACUCGCGUAAUAAUGCACAUUACUCUCAUCCUCGCAAUCGUGGCGAAUAUUGCGAUCUGUGCCUACUACUGGAUUACCGGGUACUACUCUGCCGCCAUAAUCUUCACUAUCGUUGCGGUCUUCUCCGUCUUGGCAUACUUCGGCUUUCGGUCCCGCAUUCCUCUGGCCUCCCUUCUCCUCCAGGUUGUUAUGGACAUCUCUAAGCACCAUCUCAGUACCUAUUUCGUGGCCUUUAGUGCCCUGUUUCUGCAGGCUGCGUUGAGUGUUUGGUUCGUUUUCACCUCCAUGGCGAUUUAUGCGAGAUGGACACCUGGAAAUCCAGGCUGCGGCACAACGUCCUCCUGUUCAUCUGGAAAAGUAGCAGGCCUCUUGUUCUAUUCUGUAUUUUCCUACUUGUGGACUUCACAAGUCAUCGGGAAUGUUGCGUUGGCCACACUUGCCGGCGGACCAUAUGGCUGUUGGUACUACUUCGGCCCUCGUGACCUUGGGCAGAUGCCAAAACACCCCACACUAAGUGCAUUUGCUCGUGCAUCCACACUUUCUCUAGGAUCUAUUGCCUUUGGCUCUCUGAUCGUUACUAUUCUUGAACUCAUUCGCAUGAUUCUCAAUGCCGCAAGGAAUAACGCCAGCCAACAAGGAAGCCCUAUUGAAGCUUGUCUUGCUUGCUGUGCCGAACUAUUCGUCUCUUGCAUCGAGUCAUUGGUUCGAUACUUUAAUAGAUACGCGUACAUCGAAAUCGCCCUAUACGGAAAGCCCUACUUGCAGGCAGCCAAGGAUACUUUCAAUCUCUUUAGAGACCGAGGCAUCGAUGCUCUCGUCAAUGACUCGCUAGUCGGAACGACAUUGAUAUUCGGUGCCUACAUGGUAGGGCUUCUCUGCUCGUUAUUCGCGUAUCUGUAUUUGAGAUUCACCCAUCCAUCAUACAACGCUGAAGGACAAUAUACGGCACCUGUGGUUUUAUUUGCCUUCUUAAUUGGACUUCAAUGCUCCCUGACACUAUCUUCAACUAUCGAGGCUGGAGUGUCGACAAUUUUCGUUGGCCUCGGACAGGACCCCCAAGUGCUGGCAAUGCGUGCACCUCCUCUCUUUGCAAUGAUUGCUGAGAGAUAUCCACAUGUCGUUCAGGGUGUGCCUAGGGUUUGAGUCUGAUCGUCCUCGUACAGUAUGCAAACGUCGACAUCGAACGUGACUCCCCUCUCAGCAUCACCAACGGUGCCGACGGCUUUGAUCCCGCCAGGACUCACUAUUCUAACACGGCUCGGUUUUGUACCCACGAUGUAUGAUUAAUUACCUUAGUUGAAGUGCCAGGACAUACAGCAGUUCAGAUAUGUAAGUGUGGCACAGAUUAUGGUCGUGAGGUUCCUCUGAAAAAAAUGUGAAAAAGUGUCCCAGGGAGGAUUCGAACCUCCGGCUUCACGGUUAUGUUG